GACGCCAAGCCUUGCCGUUGCGAGGGUGUGUGAUUUUAAUUUUGAAUUGACAAUUUUUUUCGGUACGGUUGUGAAUGUGAGAUGUGAUUUUGUGAUGGUGAUUGGAUUUUUGGGAUACAGCAAUUAAAUAAUCAUUUGUGAUGAAAUCCACCAAUAUGGAUACUUGCUCAGACCGCUUGAGUCCCUCCAGUGACUCUACUAGUGAGUCAGAAACGUCUCUACCCCCGUUCCCGUACGAGAACCAAAACAACUUCUAUCAACCAGACGUACAGGAAAAACAGUUCUUUUCUUGCAAACAGAAAUCACCGAGAAACGACGAACGAAAAGAACUCUACCUGCAAGAGAACAACAAAUUCGAGAACUACCUAACGCCGCAGAGAAACAAAAAGUUUUUGAAUUUCGAACUCAAACUGUCACAGAAUGACAGUUUCUUCAAUCAAAUAGAAGACGAUCGGAAUAUGCGGUCGGCUUAUUUUAACGACGUUCCAAAUUUGAAAAGCUGCGCGAACGAGAAUUCAAAUUUGACAGACGUUAAAAUAAUGAAUCAGCAGGUGGCGUUCGAAAAUGGCGUUGGGAGUGAGAGAGAGAGGGUUCCGCAGACUUUUUUUAAUGAGAAUGAGAACGCGAACAUUCGUAGAUGCCUGAAUUUUAAUUCGGAGCAGGUUCAGUGCGUUUGUGAGGCAUUGCAGCAGAAGGGGGAUAUAGAGAAACUGGCUGCUUUUCUUUGGAGUUUGCCGCAGAGUGAGCUCAUGAGAGGGAAUGAGACUGUUUUGAGGGCCCGAGCACUAGUAGCGUACCACCGAGGGGUCUUCCAAGAGCUGUACGCGAUUCUGGAAGCACACACGUUUCCUCCAAGGCACCAUACGGCGCUGCAGGAUCUGUGGUUCAAGGCACACUAUGAUGAAGCACAGAAGGUCCGGGGAAGGCCCUUGGGAGCCGUAGACAAGUAUAGACUAAGGAAGAAGUAUCCGCUCCCCAAGACGAUAUGGGAUGGAGAGGAGACAGUGUACUGCUUCAAGGAGAAGAGCAGGAACGCCCUGAAAGACUGCUACUUUAGGAAUAGAUACCCCACCCCCGACGAAAAACGGGCUCUAGCCAAGAAGACCGGCCUGACCCUCACUCAGGUGUCCAACUGGUUCAAGAACCGACGGCAGAGGGACCGGACCCCCCAACAACCUAAUCGACCAGAAAUGCUCGUACCUGCCCAGUAUGCAGGCCCUCAAGGAAGCCUGGCCCAAGCAUUGAUACCAAACGCCUACUACCACCACCAGCUCCAGAAUCCAAACCAUUACCUGCACGGAAACACCCCUUAAAUAAGUGUUGCCAUAACAUUAAUACGUAAAUAGUUACAAAUUUGUGAUUUUAUAUUUUAAGGUACCUAAAUAUUUUAUUCGAGAUUCUUUUUUAAAUAUGAACAUAAAAUUUAAGCUCAUGGCUUUAUUUACCUCAUAAAAAUAGCCUCUUUUUCAGUAUCUGAGCUUAAUGUAGGAUUUAAAAGUUUUGCCCUUCAGACAUUAGAUUUUAAAGUAUUUUCUAUAUUUAUUUCCCCCAAGAUUUUUGUAUUGUCGCUAUAGAUUGCCACACAUACUUUAAACAUUAUAUUUUAUCAUUUUAUGACGAAACUUAGAUUAAUGUGAUGAUUAUCAACAUGAAUAAUUUUAUGAUUAUUUUUCCUCAUGAUUCCUGUUUAUAAUUAUUGUAAUUAUAAUAAGUAGUAGACAGUAAACUUUUAAGUUACUUAUGUCAAGCGUUGUGUUAACUAUUGUUCCUAUUUGAUGGUAGAUUCGUUUAUAAUAUUGUUUUAAUACAGACUAUUAUUCUUUGAGUAGGCUAGAUGCUUAUAACUAUUUUAAGGACUACUCAACAUUAGUUAUGACUCAGUAACUUAUGAACCAGAGUUACUAUAGUAUUUUAAACAGAGACUGUAAUAAAUAGGCUUUCAAACCGUGUAAAUAUAAA